AUGCUUCCUCCUGCGCUGCCCUUGAACGAUGCAGGGCCUGGCGCGAGCCCAUGCUUUUCGCCUUGUCCCCAGAGUUUUCGGCCCAAGUUUGCGCUCAGACGAGUCGUCCCAUGGCGCUCCGUUUCAUGUUAUGGAAAGCAACAAGUCGUUUCGUCGCAUGUCAAGAUCGGACACCGCCAAGAGCCCACGAUGCGAUUCUAUCAGGACCUGAGGACGUCCGAUGUUCCCUUUCUUGCGCCCUCACAGACGUCAUCACCACCUGAGCCCGGCAUUCCAGACGAUGUGCUGCAGGCAGCUAACACCGCCUUGACCGGCCACCGAAUCUUUCUAGAGACCAUACUCGUAGCACGGCCCACAGAUUGUCUGGAUAGCCAUGCCGUGGAAGGCGAUGACGACGACGACGACGACGACGAAGAUUUCGGCGCUGGCCCCUGGAACAAUCGUCUCCAAGGGUCGGAAGGACGGGGGCGGGGCUCCGAAAAUCGCUUCGCACCAGGUAAAUGA